AUGGUGAUUGGUACAGCUAUAUUUGCGGAUGAGUUCAACCCGGCUCCUCAGAAGAUCCAAUGCGUCAUGGUGGUUUUCGUCGGCUGCGUAACAUUUAGCGCUUCGGUGCUGGCGAUUGGACUUGCGACGUUGGACCGCUACAUAGCUAUCGUCCAUCCGUUUCGCUACAACCAGCUGAUGACUGCUAGAGCAGCGAAACUCAUGGUGAUGUCCGUCUGGCUGUAUACAACUGUGGUCGGUUCAGUGGCAGGAGCUCAGGCAUUUACACGUUGGCGCCAUGGAGCCUUGUGUGUUAUUGAUAAGGUAACCGCUAAGGAGUUCAGCUGGUAUAUGGCUGCCAUCUACGUGGCCGUGUUGCUGUUCAUGACGUACGCCUACAUCGUUAUAGGUCGGAUCAUGAUUGACCACAGCCGACGUGUUGCCGCAGCAACAGAUCAAGCGCAGCUUGAACAACUGUCCAGCUUUGCUGGAACGUUUAAAGUAGCCAAAAUCAUCCUGACGGUCGUUGGCGUGCCUUUCUUGCUGCUUAGUCCCCACAUUCUACAUAUGGUUCUUUCGGAGCCUUUACGCAAUACACACCCGCAGCUGCUCGCUAUUUUGCGCCUAAUGCGCAAAGGAACCAUUUUCGUGAACAUGAUCCUGAAUCUUAUCAUGUACUUCAUGAAGUAUGACGAGUUCCAAGUGGCAAUAAGAAAGCUUUUUGGCAGGAACACAGCAAGUAAAGUGUUGGGCCAACACCACGUCUCGCACAGCAGGGAAGCGAACGUGUAG